AUGGAGGGAGCCUCGUUCGGCGCAGGCCGCGCGGGGGCCGCCCUCGACCCCGUGAGCUUCGCGCGGCGGCCCCAGACCCUGCUGCGCCUCGCGUCCUGGGUGUUCGCCAUCGCCGUGUUCGGGCCGAUCGUCAACGAGGGCUACGUGAACGCGGACAGCGGCCCCGAGCUGCGCUGCGUCUUCAACGGGAACGCGGGGGCCUGCCGCUUCGGCGUGGCGCUCGGCCUCGGCGCCUUCCUCGCCUGCGCCGCCUUCCUGCUGCUGGACGCGCGCUUCCAGCAGAUCAGCAGCGUCCGCGACCGCCGCCGCGCCGUGCUGCUGGACCUGGCCUUCUCAGGGCUCUGGGCCUUCCUCUGGUUCGUGGGCUUCUGCUUCCUCACCAACCAGUGGCAGCGCACGGCGCCCGGGCCCGGGGCCACGCAGGCGGGAGACGCGGCCCGGGCCGCCAUCGCCUUCAGCUUCUUCUCCGUCCUCAGCUGGGCGGCGCUCACCGUGAAGGCCCUGCAGCGGUUCCGUCUGGGCACCGACAUGUCCCUCUUUGCCACCGAGCAGCUGGGUGCCGGGGCUGGCCAGGCCUACCCGGGCUACCCAGUGGGCAGCGGCGUGGAGGGCUCGGAGACCUACCAGAGCCCACCCUUCACCGAGACCCUGGACACCAGUCCCAAGGGGUACCAGGUGCCCGCCUACUAGCGGCUGCAGCCCCAGCCCAGGGCUCGGAGGCCUCCUGGGACUUCACUCAGGAUCUCCUGGCCCAGGGGUCGCCGCAGUGACCGUGGCUGGCUGUCAGGCUGUAAAGAGGCAGUGCCCAGGGCACCUGGGCUGUCAAGCCAAGUUCCCUGUAGUCCCCAGUCCUGGCCUGAGGUCCUGAGGCAGCACAGUGCAGCCCUAGACAAGCGUCCAGCCCCAGCAGGUCAGCCUGAGCAGGGACCCUUCCCCUUGCGAGGCAGCAGCCUGGGGCUCACCUGUCCACUCAGGCCAGGGGUCCAGCAGCCCCGACAGAGGCAGGAGCGUGGCCUCUGUCCCCAUCUUGCCGGUGGCCAAGGAGCGUGGCCUCUAUCCCAACCCCGUGUCCUGUGGGCAGUGCUGUCCCAUCCCUAGGCUGUGGUGUCUGAGCCACACUUCACCCCUCUCCGGGUUGCUCCGUAGCCAGGCCGUCACGUGGUUGUGGACAAGUCCAGGUCUCACCCUGUAGUUCCCCACAAGCAGCCCCUCUGUGUGUGGCCCUGCCCCAGCACCCCCGUUCUAGCCACCCCCCCCCCGCCCUUCAUGAACCCUCGUCCCAGGGAGGCACGGGACACCCCGUGCCCGCCAGACCCACCCCUGCCGGGAGAGGCCCACUGUGGCGGGGGAGGCCAUUCCACGCACACCGGGUCCCUGGCUCCUGGCCCAGACCCUGGAUCCCCUCCCUGGCACCCAUUUAAAGCCCCGACCAACAGCCAGAGUCCCACCGUGUGGCCACUCCUGGAAUUUCCCCCUCCCCCCCACUCCCCCGCUGGCCCUCCCGGCCUGUGCAAAGCAGACAGGGCGGCGUCUGCCCUCGCAUAUGGAGCUCCCGGAGCACGGUGGCGGCCAUAGUGGUACCUGCGUCCUCCGCGCUGGAAGGAAUGGCCCGUGCCUGUCUCCAGUGUCCGUGUCUCAGCCGCCACUUCUUUACAAUAAACACCCUAAGUGAGUUGACUUGGUCCAGGUGGGAUUAUUUCCGCCCCGCCCUCCCGGUGCCAGAGGUGGGGACCUGAGGGCUGGCCCGGAGCCGGCAGGGCC